AUGAGCCACCUCCACCCCGACGAGGGUGGCGCCGGGAUGCCCUCCCGCCGCCGCAGCGGGCGCCUCCGCUCCCAGAUCCACGCGGGCGACGAGCGAUCCGGACUGGCCCACCCACGCACCACGCGCCUCCGUCCCCAGAUCCACGCCAAUGAGGAUGGCGCCGGAGUGACCUCCCAUCGCCGCGGUAAGCGCCUCCGUCCCCAGACCCGUGCCAGCAAGGACGGCGACGACAUGUCCGGCCUCCGCGGCACCUCGCCGGAGCAGCCUGCCUCCCUGCCGGACAACCAAGAUAUGCUCUGGGAGAUCCUUCUCCGCCUCCCCCAGGACCUAUACUCGCUUCACCGCGCCUCCGCCGUCUGCAAGCAGUGGCGAGGCAUCCUUGUCGACCCCAGGUUCCUCUGUCUGUUCCAUGCGCACCACCGCAAGCCACCCCUCCUCGGCUUCUUCCAUUACAGCAGCAAACAGAUAGUGUUCAAGCCCGUCCUGGCCCCUCCAGACUGCAUCACCCCUGGGCGCUUCUCCCUUGGGCACUACAGCAACCACAUUCUGCUUGAUUCACGCCACGGCCGCGUCCUCGUCAAAGGCUUGCAGCUUGGAGAGGUCGCUGUGUGUGACCCUAUCACCAGCAAACAUCACCGCGUGUCCAUUCCGCCCGAGUUCAACGGGCGCCUCUUUAAGGCAGCAGUGCUUUGUGCUGCUAGCAACCAGGGCCAUGUGCACGGCGGCUGCCACUUGUGCCCCUUCAAGGUGGUCUUGGUAAUGAUAUACAGUGAGGGCCAACCUAUUGCCUCCGUUUACUCCUCAGAGACUGCCACAUGGAGUGGUCUCAUCUCUACAGAGCCUCCACAUGAUGGGUGUUUUCUUAAUGGUCGUGGCACCCUUGUUGGUAAUGUUCUUUACUGGCCAUUAAAUAUGCGAGGACACAACAUACUUGAGUUUGAUUUGGACACGCAGAAUCUUACUGUGAUUAAGGGGCCUCCUGACAUGCAUAUGAUUGAUUUACAUAACUUUCAUAUUAUUGAGGCAGAGGAUGGCGCUGUUGGUCUUGCUGGAGUGUCUUGCCUUAAGCUUCUAUUGUGGCAGAGGAAGAUUGAUUGUCAGGGCACAAGCAUUGACGAUGGAACUAAUGGAGCUGAAAUGUCAGGAUGA